UGGCGAUCUUCAAGAAAUGGAAACGAUCCGAAAAAAUGUCGAAGGAAGUUGGGAGCUUGCUCCGAAGUACGUCCGGAAGAUAUUAAACAUUGAAUGUAGUGAUAAGCAAACAAAUCACUCGUAUAAGGAAUAUGUGCAAAUAAAACACAGCAACUUCUCUGAAUGUAACUGGAGGAGGUUAUGUCCGAACUGGCGAUACCGUGAGUUGUUCCAGGACAAAACCUCUCCCGAUGAUAUGGAUACAACGGAACUCUUUGCUCUGUUCUUUGCACUCUUCCAAACAAAAUACGAAGAAAGUGAGUGCAAAGAACUGAAAACUAAAUUGGAGGCCGUCAAAGACAUAAGAAAUGAAAUAGCGCAUGAGCACAGCGCAAUUAGAAAUCCGUCAAAACUUCCAGAACUGCACAAUACGUUGCUGGAACUCAUUCAAGUGGCAGGAAAAUUUUACAAACUCUCAAGGCGUGAGGUAAAGGCGCUGGAAUUUGAGUUGCGAAGCGACAUAAGCAGGGGAUUCUCUCCUAGUGACAUGGAACAGACUUAUUUCUCGCACUGCCUUUGUAACGAAGGAAAAGAAAACGUCAGACUUAUCUUACAAAAUUUCACCAACGAUUUAAGCUGCGGCGUAGGUCAUCUCAAACUGUCGGCUGACUUUUACCCACUCAAACUAACGCUACCUCAUGAAGAUGACAAGAAAUAUCCUUACACGGAAGUAUUCGAAUCUGUAACUAAAGUCGUUGUUGUGUCCGGUGUUGCAGCGGCUGGCAAGACGACGCUACUCAAGAACCUAAUCAAACAGUUCUUUGGAUUGCAGUGCGAAGUGCCGGACUACCUACAGAGUUUCGACAUUCUUGUUUUCAUCGAGUGCAGGGAUGACACUAAAAACAAAUUGCAUCAAGUUUUUCGCGAGCACUUCGGGAAUGUUUACUCAAAAAUAGACAAAGAAAAUGUUAUGCAAACUCUCUCGUAUCUUCGCGUCCUGUUCUUGGUCGACGCAUUUGACGAGGCCAACGGAAAUUCUAUGGCGGUGUUGCGAGAAUUGUUUCAAAAGACGUGGCACUCCGAAUCACGCAUUAUUAUCACGACUCGUCCAAAAGCAAUCGAAGAACUCGAGCAGUUCAUUCGCCAAAGUAGCUUUACUCAUUUCAGUAUCACUCCUCUCUCAGAGCUGGCAGAGCAGUUGGAGUUUAUCCGAGGAUGUAAACAAAAUCUGACCAAUGACCCAUCUUCCUGUGCAGCGAUGCAGGAUCGAUUCUCCAAACUGAACCCUGAAGUUAGAAAUUUGAUAACGCUGCCCAUUUCUCUACUUCAAUUCUGCACCAUUUUUUUGACUUCUCCGAAAAUGAUAGACAAUUGGAACAGCGCAAAAGACUUGUCAAGGGACACGUUGAUGCUAUACAAGACUGUAAUUGAAAGAAAAUUGUGCGACUUGCACGUCCCCGAUAGAUCAGUUCUGAUCAACAAGAUUUUCAAGGUAAUCGGCAAGUCCGCUUUGAAGUAUCUUUCCAUGGACAAGAUGGCCUUCUCCAAGGACGAGUUUUUGCUGUUUGAGCGAGAAUGCCACGACCAAAUGACCGCACACAAUGCCGCCAUGGCAAUUGACUCGAAAGUUUUCCUCUCACUGAUUUUUACCGUCAAAAGAAAUUUUCCUGGAACCACUGGUGCCACGUACUCUUUCAAUCAUAAAUCAAUACAGGAAAAAUUCGCUGCACUCUUUGUUAUCGAAGAAUUGGAGAACGACAAAUCUCUCCAUGAAAUACUAGGCACAUCACAGGCGAUAAAGACGAGCUUCCUGGAUGUAUUGCCGUACGUCAUGCAGGACCUAAGCAGCAGUCCAUUGCUGUUCAAACGCCACUGGCCUGAACUGAGGGAAGUCAUUACCGAAACUGGGCUCUACAGUUGCGAUGACUGGCAAAACUUGCUGCUCCAGGGUCCUGGCCUCAUCGAGCUGGCGAAACACGUGGCCAAGAUCACGAUCACAGCGACAGAUGAAUGGACCGUUCGCUCCGUUUGCAGUUUGGUAGCAGUUUCACUAAUGUUGCCCCACGAGCAACCUCGUCUCAUCAACAUCAAAUUGCCGCCUGCUGAGCUGGCCGCUGCUGACUCUAGCUGGUCUGGAUUGACUAGCCUAUACCGAGGACAACUUGAGCUGCACCUCGAGGAUAGUUCCGUCGCGACACGAGCACCAUGUGAAGAUCUGCUUGGCUGCCUAAAGGGUUCCAGGUGUCUGCUUACCGAGUUGGUGGGCAGUAUCAGCAGUGCUGCCAGCGUCUCCGCUGUGGCUUCUGUGUCCACGGCGGCCACUACUGAACUUUCCAUUUCACUCUCUGCCCCGCUCAACUUGAACGCUCUACAGGGCAAAUAUAAGAGUUUGGUGGCAAAAAUCCGUCCACUGGAAGAUUCUUGGGCUUCCGUGCUCCAGCCAACUCGGUUCUCGCUGCGUCCAGAGAAGCAAGACGAUGGUUUCGAGACACGUGAGCCCGAUGCUGCUGAGGGGCGUCUGCCUGCCUAUCCUCCGCCGCAACUCUGGGUACUUGACGCCAAGCCCGGCAGCCGCGAGACGAUCGCCAGGGCCAUUUGCACAAUCGCCCCGCACACCAGAAGACUUGGCAAAAUAAGACUGCCAAAAUGCGGGCUAGAGGAGGACGAGGUAUGGCAGCUGCUGCUGCAACUGCACAGCGACGGCAUCAGAAGCAUCGGAGGCGGGCAGACGCGCUUCACAAAGAACGGGGAAGGGCUCGUGGAGCUAUUUGUGGCAGACGACUUGCCGGACUUUUUCUGGACUGCGAGUGCCGUGCAGCAAGUCAUCGCUCAGCUACAGUCCCGGGACGCCGGGGACUUCGAGGCCCAGUGGCCGGAACUGAGGAGGGCGAUGGAGGAAGCGGGCGCCUCAGCGCGGCACUGGUGGGAGGUGCUGCUGAGCCGUCCUCACGAGCCCGCGCUCGCCGAGUUCGCUGCUCGAAUAACUCGGAAGGAAGACGAGCAGUUCAUUAUCCAGAGCAGACGGGACCUGGAAGCGGUUGCACUGAUGUUGCCUUACGCGGAAGACACGCUCGUCAAGGUGAAGGCUUCGUUGGAAGCUUUGAGAAGCCCAGCUUGGAAACAGGUUUUAAAGCAUCAUACCGGAGGAAUCCAUCUGAAAAUUCUGGACACGAGCCCUGAUUUUACACCAUGUGAUGAUGUUCUGCAGCCUCUAAUCUGCAGCAGUUCCGAGCUCAAAAGUUUCCAGGGGCACAUCAGGACGGAUGCAGGCAUCGCGGCGCUAGCUUCAGCGGCCGCGGCUUCAGCGUCCAUACACAUCAGGGUCGAGGCGCCGCUCAACCUCAGCGCACUGCACGGGAAAUACGCUGAACUGCGCGUUUGCACGCCCGUACUUGACACGGCUGUUGCAGCAGCGCCUCUACCUGCGCUGCCUCUUCCUGUGCUGCAGGUUCUCAGCCCCGGUGCUGGCACCUGGGAGGACGUGGCCAAGACGGUGCUGAUCUAUGCACCAAGAUGCAAGAAGUUUUUGGGAAUUGAACUUUGCCAGUCCGCGCUAAGCGAGGAGGAGGAGCGACUGCUGCUGAUGCUGCUACACGAGAGGAACAUCAGGACGAACGAUGCAGGCGCCACUCGCACCGAGCCCCAUGGGGCACACAAAAGGCGACUCCGCCUCUGCGAAGAUCCUCCCGCAACCUACUCACCAUGACACACACCCAAUGAACGGGAGUGUGCGAAGUAGUUGGGGCUCAAGCCUGCCUGCCUUGCCAUGAGACAGUUCUCGGUUAUUAAUGAAAAAAAAUGUUGUCCACACAGCCAUGUAGUCACGAUUGUUCGUUCUUAUUUUGCUUGGAAUGGAAGAGGUCAAGGUACGAGAGUGAACUUUGUGAGGCGCGAGGUAAGAAGUAACGAACAUUCUGAUCCUAAGUACAACGAAUCGCGUUAUUACCAUAUUUUUGAGUUUUUCAACUGUUACCUAAAAUCAGAAAAAUUACAGCACGACAUUACAUUUUAAAAGAUGGGAGAGUAUGGAAGCAUUCAGAGAACGGUGUUAUUAUUUAUGUUGUCCUUGUAUUGGGCUAAUAUUAUCGCCUUCAAGUGUAACUAGUUAUUUAUGCGAACUUGGAUUGUUUUUAGUGCACGUUUA